AUGCUAGAGAGUAUCACGCAGCGCAUGGCGAGGGAGAAGGAAGAGCUGAGGCAAGCGGCGAUCGAGAGAGAGGCGAGGAGUGGUGGUGGGAGGAACCUCGCGACUACGGUGGUCGUCGUCCUCGCCUCCCUUAUGGCCUUCUACUGCGGCACCAAGCUUCCUCGCGACCCAGAACCGACCUCAACCCUUCCUCUGUCCGUAACGCGACCCCCCAGGCACAAUGUCUCGCCCGCCGAGCUCGAGGCUGCCUGGACCGACUUUGUCGAGAUCGUCGGCAAGGAAAACGUCUCGACCCUGCAGGACGUGCUCCUCUCGCACGCACAGUCCGAGUGGUCCACCCACAACCGCCCGGCCUCGGAGCCCAUGCCCUUCUGCGUCGUAUACCCGGCCACCACGGAUGAGGUCUCGCGCAUUAUGAAGGUGUGCCACAAGCGCAGGAUCCCCGUGACGGGUUACAGCGGCGGCACGAGCCUCGAGGGCCACUUCGCUCCCACUCGGGGCGGCAUCUGCGUCGACUUUGGCCGCAUGGACCAGGUCCUCGCGCUGCACAAGGAAGAUCUCGACGUCGUGGUCCAGCCCGCCGUGGGCUGGGAGUACCUCAACGAGCAGCUGGCCGACGAGGGCCUGUUCUUCCCGCCCGACCCGGGCCCCGGCGCCAUGAUCGGCGGCAUGAUCGGUACUGGCUGCAGCGGGACCAAUGCGUACCGCUACGGCACCAUGAGAGAGUGGGUGCUGAGCCUGACGGUCGUGCUCGCCGACGGCACCGUCAUCAAGACGCGCCAGCGGCCGCGCAAGAGCUCGGCGGGCUACGACCUGACCAAGCUCUUCAUCGGCAGCGAGGGCACCCUGGGCCUGGUCACCGAGGCCACCCUCAAGGUCACCGUGCGCCCUGCCACCACCAGCGUCGCCGUGUGCUCCUUUGGCUCCAUCCGGCAGGCCGCCGACUGCGUGGGCCGCGUCGUUGGGUCCGGCGUGCCCGUUGCCGCCGUCGAGAUUCUCGACGACGAGAUGAUGAAGUGUAUUAACAAGGCCGGCCACACCGCCCGCGCCUGGCAGGAGGCCCCGACUCUGUUCUUCAAGUUCGCGGGCACAGACAAGGGCGUCAAGGAGCAGAUCGAAAUCGUCCGGCAGAUGGCCAAGAAGGCAGGCAGCACCGGGUUCGACUUUGCCAAGAGCCAAGAGGAGCAGCUGGAGCUGUGGUCGGCGCGCAAAGAGGCUCUCUGGAGCACCAUGGCCGUCAAGAGGGACGGCGACAAGGUGUGGACUGGUGACGUCGCCGUGCCCAUCUCGAGACUGCCGGAUAUCAUCGAAGAGACCAAGAAGGAUGUGCAGGAGAGUGGGCUCUACGGCACCAUCGUGGGACAUGUUGGGGACGGGAACUUUCACACAAUAUUACUCUACAGUGACGCCGAGAGAAAGGUCGCAGAAGAGGUCGUCCACAGGAUGGUCAAGCGAGCUGUCGAGAUGGAGGGCACAGUGACGGGCGAGCAUGGAGUCGGCCUGGUCAAGCGCGACUACCUCCCACACGAGCUAGGCGCCAGCACAGUAGAUGUCAUGAGAAAGAUGAAGCAAUCCUUUGACCCUCUGUGCCUGCUCAACUGCGACAAGGUCGUGAGGAUGCAGAAGCCCGCGGCGGGUGAGAUUGCCGAGUGGUAA